AUGGACCAACCACCGCGCCCGCCUGCUACGUUGCCGCCGCUCGAGGACGUCGACAGCCUCAUCGCGAGGAAUGCGCCGAUCGCGCGCACGCGCAAGCGCCGAAGUGAGAACUUCGAGCGAUGUACGACUGCGACCACAACUGGGCAGUAUCUCGCGAUGGGCGCCGCGCGCAAGGACUUGAAAUACGACAUUGAGCAAGGCUUCGUCAUGGUGCUGGACCGGGCGCCGCCGCUCGCCGGCCACCAGUGGGAGGCAACCGUCCCGCGAAGCCCCCCGGCCUCGCCGCAGUCGCCGCGCAAAAGACCAAAAAAGGUCUCGUCCAAAGCGCUCGCGGUUGCGGCGGUCGCGGCAGCCGAGGCGCGCGAGGCUGCGGCGGCGCCCGCGCCAGCGCCCGCGCCAGCGCCCGCGUCGCCGCCGCCGGUGCGCACCUCGACCUACCUCCCGUCCUCGAGUCUAAGGCCGGAAUACGCCGAAACGCCAACUCGGAAGCAGAUCACCCAAAUGAUCGCCGGGAACGAGAGCACCUCGUCCUCCUCGUCGGACUCAGACACGGACGAUGACUUCUCUCCGGACGGGGCGCCGGUGCGCCGCGCGAGUCCGCCGAGCACCGUGUCCUCCUCGUCGGACAGCGACACUCCGCCGGCCGAAUCUGACACGGACGACGAGGCGCGGCCGCCGGCGCGCGCGCCGCCGCGGGGGCCGCCCGUGUCCGCUGCCGAAAUCGCGGCGGCGGCGCGCUCAUCGGAGGACGACGCGCGGCCGCCGGCCAACGACGACACGGACGACGACCUGCCUCCGCCGCCUGUGGUGAAGCAAGAGCCCGUGCCGCCGGAGGAGCAAUGCUUCGACGGUGUUGAGUUCACGGGGCCGCCGGCUGCGCUGAGUUGCACGCCCCAGACGGUACAUAAAAAGUACGUCGGUGUGAGCAUUGAUGCUCGUCGGGAAAACACGUCGUGGUCCGCGAACAUCGGCGUCGACGGCGAGACGGAGUAUUUGGGCAACUACUACUCGCCCGUAGAAGCCGCCGCAGCCUACGACAAGCGAGCACGGGAGUUGAAUCGGCCGGUGAAUUUCCCGCGCGAGGGGGAAGAGCAGGCGGUGCCGAAGACGAGAAGGAGCUCGACGGGACCGCCGCCCGCGAAACGCGCCCGCACGACCAACUCUCCGGCUCCUGCCGCGGCGCCGCCGCGACCUCCAGCGUCUCAGGCGCCCGCGCCGCCGCGACCGCGAGCACCAGUGCCGGAGGCGCCCGCGCUGCCGCGCCCGCGACCGCCGGAGCCUCGAGCGCCCGCGCCGCCACGACCGCGACCGCCGGAGCCUGAGGCGCCCGCGCCGCGGCGGGGGCACUGGCGUUUCCGCGAUCGCGAUCCCGACGACAACCUCCUGGAGCAGCUGCAGGACGCCGGAGCGCGCCUGCGCCAGAGGGGCCGGGAGCGCGACGCCGCGCGCGCAGAAGUCGCGACGCUCCGACGCGAACGCGACGAGGCGCUCCGGGAGCGGGACGCGGCCCGGAAGCAGUUGGCCGCGCGAAACGACAUGCUCGCGCAGGUCCUCAAGGAGCAGCAGUACUAA